UCAGCGGCGGCGCCAGGAGCCAGGGACAGUGCGGAGGGAGUAGCGUCCCCGGCCCAGCCCCAGAGCGGGGCCUGGAGCAGUCGAGAAGGCGGCCUCCUGCCGCCUAGAGGCGCCGGCCCGUUUGUCCGCUCUGCCUGUGCCCGGUCUCUAUGGCGACCCCAACGGCCGUCCCGGACGUGGAGCGAGAUGAGCGCGGGCGCUGACGGCAGCGGUGGCCCUGAGGUGGCGGCGCGGUCGGGCGAGGGCAGUCCCGGAGAGGACGGUUUCGUUCCGUCGGCGCUGGGGACGCGUGAGCAUUGGGAUGCUGUCUAUGAGAGAGAACUGCGAACUUUCCAAGAAUAUGGAGAUACAGGUGAAGUCUGGUUUGGAGAAGAGAGUAUGAAUCGACUAAUAAGGUGGAUGCAGAAACGCAAGGUUCCAUUGGAUGCUUCAGUGCUUGAUAUUGGAACUGGAAAUGGUGUUUUCCUGGUUGAACUUGCAAAAUUUGGUUUCUCUAAUAUUACUGGAAUUGAUUACUCUCCUUCUGCAAUUCAGCUUUCUGGAAUUAUUACAGAAAAAGAAGGUUUAUCCAACAUUAAGUUAAAGGUAGAAGACUUUUUGAAUCUUUCCACACAGCUGUCUGGAUUUCAUAUUUGUAUUGACAAAGGGACUUUUGAUGCCAUCAGCCUUAAUCCUGACAAUGCAAUUGAAAAGAGGAAGCAAUAUGUGAAAUCUCUCUCCAGGGUGUUGAAAGUAAAAGGCUUUUUUUUAAUAACGUCGUGUAAUUGGACCAAGGAAGAGUUGCUAAAUGAAUUCAGUGAAGGAUUUGAACUUUUCGAAGAGCUGCCAACACCCAAGUUCAGCUUUGGAGGCAGAUCUGGAAACAGUGUAGCAGCAUUGGUUUUCCAAAAAAUGUGAGACUUCCUUGGACAAAUUCAGGUUGCUUUUGUCACACCAACAACCGAAGCUAUGAAAGUUUAAAAGUGCACACGGCCUUCGCAGAAGACCUGUGGAAUUGCUGUCUUCCCUCCCAUUUCCUUUGCUUAAUGGGAGGGGGAAAUGGAAGCUCUGAGAGCAGUGACUUCCGCGAGCCAUCAGGAAAAUCCCUGUCUGUGGCUAAGUUUAUCUUUAGGUUUUGAUCUGAGUCCUGUUUUUAAGGUGGUAAAAUUAACUGUGAAACUGACUUGUGCAAGUAGUAAGUACAGGCUAAAUAAAGAUGCUGGAAGAAGGAAGAGUUUGUCUUGAUGAUGUCCAGUAUGGUCAGUUUCUUUUAAGGGAUAGCCCUUCGAAAUGCAUUACAGAGCAUUUGGUAAACUCCUCUAAUCUUCUUAAGAUUUCUAUAGGAUUGUAGAGUUUGCAGCACUUUCUCUUAUGUAUUAAUUCAUUAGCAUGCAAUCCUCUUUUGAAGUGGAUGAGGCAGGUGGGGCUCCCACUUGAUGGAAGCUGAGAGUCCCAGGCCACGGUGAUAUCAUCCAGCUGUGUCCAAGGGCUGCAAACAAACGAAGACACAUUGAAGAUUGUAGAACAAAAGCAAGGAAAGGUUGUGUUAGCAAGGAGUUGCGUGAGGGCAAAGCUGUCCCCCCAUUUCUGUGGUGUCAGAGAUAGAGCAGCCUGGGGAGGAAGGCCUGGACUUGAAUCCUGGCCUUGCCCCUGCUAGCUGCAGGAUGUUAGACAAAUUACUUGAUUUCUUGGAGCCUCAAUCUUCCCAUCUGGAAAAUAUGCAUACUACCAACAGUAAUGCCUAUUCAUAGGAAUGUGAGAGGAUCAGCUGAGAAGAACCUAGCCUGUGGUUGACGCCCAGGGAGAUGGGAAUGGAGGUGAGGGUGGAGGGCUGUGGCUGGAAGUGUGGCUGUGUGGGACUUGUGGGGGUGGAGAUUGACUCUGGGCCUGUGCGUGCCCUCCCAUGCUUAGGCCUUGCUUUGGGCACAAUGCUGGCGAGUUCGAGGCUGUUCUUAGGCAGAUGCACUUUUGGGGUGAGGACUUGGGAGGUGGGCAGGGGCCCUCUGCCACCGUGUCCACACCCAGGGAGCAUAAAGGUAGUCAGGGAAGCAGGCUCACGGAUCAGUGGAAAGUCUGACUUUGCCUUUGCUCUUUUCAGUAGAAAUCCUGGUGAAGAUGAGUCACUGAGUAGAGGCUCCUGGGGUUGGUUCAGCCAGAGCACUGUGUCCCCAUGAUCAGGUUGGGGUGCCAGCCAAGGGGAGACCCUCACCCAGUGCUCCUUUGGCAGAUACUGGGUAGCCCCAGUGGAGGCAGGCUGGAGGCCUGCUCUCAUGAGCACUUCCCGGAGAGUCACGGGAGAGAGGCAGGAGGUGAACUUGAGGACUGGGAUGUGACAGUAUGAGACUAAAUACAGGGCAAGGAAAGCCGCUGCAGAGGUGUGAGGCCGAUGAGAAGGGCCCACCCGCUGGCUACUUGUGCAAAGGGGAAGGACACCAAUGCCUGGCCUUCUCUGUGCUAAGCUCUUUCAUAUGCAUUUUCGUAUUUAGAUCAGCAGCCCGAGGGCAAAGGUAUUAUCCCCAUUGUGUUUAUUUAAUUAAUUAAUGAUUAUGAUGAUUUUUUGAGACAGCGUAUCUCUCUGUUGCCCCGGCUGGUGUACGGUGGUGCAGUCUUGGCUCACUGCAGUCUCUGCUUCCCAAUUUCAACUGUUUCUCCUGCCUCAGCCUCCUGAGUAGCUGGGAUUACAGGCAUGCACCACCACGCCCAGCUGAUUUUUGUAUUUUUAGUAGAGAAGUGGUUUCACCAUGUUGCCCAGGCCGGUCUUUAACUCCUGACUUCAGGUGAUCCACUCACCUCAGUCUCCCAAAGUGCUGGGAUUACAGGCAAGAGCCACCAAGCCCAGCCUAAUUAUUUCUUUUGAAAUAAUUAGGCCUCCCUCUGUCACCCAGGCUGGAGUACAGUAGCAUGAUCACAGCUCAUUUGUAACCUCAAACUUGGGGGCUCAAGCAAUCUUACCUCAGACUUCCAGGUAGCUGGGACUACAGGCGUACACUCCCAUGCCUGGCUAGUUAUUUUAGUUUUUACUUUUUGUAGAGACGGGGGUCUUGCUGCGUGUUACCUAGGCUGGUCUUGAACCCCUGGCCUCAAGCAGUCCUCUUGCCUCAGCUUCUCAAGUGCUGGGAUUACUGGUGUGAGCCACUGUGACCAGCCUCACCCCCAUUUUAAAGAUGAGGAAACUAAAGCCAAGUGAUUUGAAAGCGAAGACCAGGGCUGCCAAAUGCCACAGCACACACACACUCCCCCCACCUCCCCUUGCACAUGGUCUUCCUGGUGUAAUCAGUGGGCUUUACAAGAAGUUUUAACAUUUUUUAUAUAGCAUAAUCAAGUCUUUUGGUGUUUAGUUCUGUGAAUUUUGAUAAAUGCAUAGAUUGGGGUUUAUUUACAUUUUUUAUGUUGAGAUCAUUUUAUACUCAUGCAGUUACAGGAAAUAAUACAGAGAAAUCUUGCAUAGCCCCUACUCACUGCCCCCUAAUGGUAACAUCCUGCCAGUCUAAUGCAGUGUCACAAGCAGAAAAUUGUCACAGAUACAGAGGAGACACAGAACAUCUCCAUCUCCAGGGAUCCCUCCUGCUGCCUUUUCAUAGCCACGUCCUCUUCCCUCCUGCUCCCACGACCCCUCAACCCCUGACAACCAUUCAUCUCUUCACUCAUUCGGUAGUUUUGUCAUUUGAAGAAAGGGACAUAAAUGGACUCCUAGAAUAGCAAGCCUUUGGGGACUGGCUCUUUCACCCUGCCCGAGUCUCUGGAGCUCAUCCAUGUUGCCGCGGGUGUCUGGUUGGUCCCUUUUCAUUGGCAGGUAGUAUUCCACAGUGCGGCUGUCCCUGCCACUCUUGUUUAAUGAUUCACCCAGUGAAGGGCCUCUGGAGUAUUUCCUUGUUUUGGCUAUGAUGAAUAAAGAGCUGUUACGAACAUUUGUGUGUGAGUUUUGUGUGAAUGUAAAUCUUAAUCUCUCUGGAAUAAAUGCUAAGAACUGUUGCUGAUAGUUGUUUGAAUGGGCAUUUGAAGGGUUUUUUGGGGGGAUGGAGAGGCGAGGCACUGGUGGGCAGUGCAGACCUAGGUGCUGGCCCACCGGGGUUCAGAUCCCAGCUUUGAACCUGGACUGGGUGAAUUGCCAUAUAUGGCUAUAAAAUGGGGCUAAUUGAACCUGGCUUGUGGCUAAUGUGUGUAAAGUGCCUGGUACAUAGUAGGUGCCCAAUAGAUAGAAGUUUUUCUUCAUAUAGGUUAAGAGAAAACCCACUAGACCACAGCAGGGUCUGUGCCCCAGAGGUGACCUCUGGGAGGGCUUUGCCCCCUGUGGGAUCACCUACUUAUUAUCUUUUACAUGGCCAUAGCACCCUCCCCCCACCCUGGCUUCUCUUCGAAGAGACCCUGGCCCUGUUUGCAGACUGGGCUGUAAGUCUCUGGCCUGGUCCUGGCAUUCCCCAGUGAAAUUGGCUAGGCCGGGGCCACAGAUCAUAGGAAUCCCAGGAAAUUCCAGAGCGUGCUGGGCUGUGUUGGUCUGGAUUCGCCUCACAAAUUCUGAGAAUGUGCCCAGAUCAUUUCAGAUGUCGCUGUAAUUUAGCUUGAUUCCAGAGAUGUGUAUUGAGCUGUUAGGGUGUGCGAGGGAUUGUGGUAGGUGUUGCAAAGGGUUCAGAAAAAACAGCUUUCCCAACAGAUCAAAGCAGCCACCUCCAGCUUCCAACCUCCUUUGGGAGCCCCCACAGCUGCAUGAUAACGUCUCCUUUGAGUGUGGCAUUCAGAGCCCUGGGUCUGGUUUGAGUCUGUCCCUGGCUCCCAUCCUGCUGCAGUGCCCUCUGUGUGCCCUGUGUGCCAGCCACCAGCAUGUUCACCAUUCCCAUACUCCGAGUCUGGGCUGGCGGCCACGCCUUGCUUACACCCUUCCCUCUGCCUGGGUGCCCUGCCCUUCCUGAUGAAAUCUUGCCUGUUUUUAAGAACUAAAAGUACCAUGGGCCAGUGUGGGCUGGAAUAUUCAAACCACACAGGCGGCCAGAUGCAGUUCCUCUCUGGAACCGUCGUGCCCUUCUCAAGGCACCUGCCAUGUGGGACCAUGCCAGAUUCCCUCUUUUUUCUUUUUUGAGGUGGAGACUCGCUCUGUCACUCAGGCUGGUGGACUCACUCUUCGUGCCUUUGUCACAUUAUGGCAUUUCUUGGUAAUUGUUUUAUAUCUGAAGUAUGAACUGCCUCAUUAAAAUAGUUUUGAAGGCCACAUGGUAUUUCCUUACAUAACAACACCAUCGUUUAUUUAACCAUUUUCCCAGUUUGUAGGCAUCUAGGUUGUCCCCAUUCUUGGGCUCUUACGGUGCUGUGUGUCUUUGGCCCCCUGUGGGAAAGAGUCUUUAAGACCCACGUCCAAUGUCAUAUCCCCUUUUGCCGGCCUCUGGAAUGUGGUGCCUGGGUCACUGUACUCUCUGAGACCCCCAGGGCAGGCAUUGUGCCACACCUGCCUUCUGCUUUCCGUGCCUGCCAUGUAUGCUGGCCACCCAGUUGCCCAGGUGCUUCUGUUGCUUCUGCCGCCUCUCUGAGCCCUGACUCCUUGUCUGGACUCUGCUGGGGAUGGAGCUGGAGAGAGCUGGGACGCCCCAUCUUUGCCUCCAUCUGGCUUCCUGCUUCAUACGGAGCUGUGUCUGGAUGGGCUGAUGUGUUCCCAUGGCAAUAGAUUUCCACAGUUUCAUUCUUACUGGCCUCUUCUUCCUCAGAGGGAUGGACCAUCAAAUAGCCAGGCCCUUGUCGAUGGCAUUUUUAGCUUGUUUCCCUUUAAACACAUUUGAGAGGAUGGCUGCUUGGACGUCUGUGGCGG